AGUGCCAACAACCGGAAGUGCCAAUGGAGCGACCGAAGGUUUCCCCAGUUCCGUGUCGCUGUUUCUGGGGCUCUCUCGAGGCCGCUCCCCGCGGUCGCCUCCGGAGCUCGGCAGCGGGAAAACUGCGCAGGGCGGCGGCGAGGGUGCUGCUCCCUCAGGGAUUCCCGGAGAGCGUCAGCCCCGACUACGUCCAGUACCAGUGCUGGGACAGCCUGCAGGCUCUCUGUUCCACCAUGGCCGGUUCUCUCUCCACCCGCUCCGUGCUCGAGGCCGUCGGGGUUGGGGACGGCGCCGCCAACGUCACCGGAGCCGCCCUCACCUGGAUCCUGCGCGAUGGCAUCGGGAUCAUCACCAGGAUUCUCUUUGUGUGGCUGCAGGGGAGCCACCUGGACUGCGAGGCCAAGCAAUGGCGGUUCGUGGCGGAUCUGCUCAAUGACGUCGCCCUGGUGCUGGAAAUCCUCGCUCCUCAUUGGCUGAGCCUUGGCCCCACCCUCCUGGUCAUGGCAGCAGUGGCCAGGUGCGUGGUGGGCGUGGCCGGCAGCGCCACCCGUGCAGCCCUGGCCGUGCACCAGGCCCGGAGGGACAACGUGGCCGACGUGGCCGCCAAGGACAGCAGCCAGGAGACACUGGUGAACGGCGCCGGGCUGUUGCUGUCGCUGCUGCUCCUCCCCCUGCUGGAUGGGCGGCCAUGCCUCACCUGGCUCACCCUGGGCCUGCUCCUGGCUGCUCACCUGGCCUCCAACCUGGCUGCCCUGGGCUCCCUGACCCUCACCUGCCUGAACCGGCCCCGCCUCCGCCUCGCCAUUGGCUGGGCCCUGAGAGGGGGAGGGGCCAAGGGGGAGAGGGGCGUGGCUUGGGAAGGAAGGGGCGGGGUCAAGAUGGAGCUGCCCCGCCCCCAGCAGGUUAAUCCCAGGGAACCGCUGCUGCCAGGAUUCGGAUCCCGGCUCCGGCUCCACCUGGGGGCACCCCUGGAGCACCUGGUGAGCAGCGAGGCAGAAUUCCAGAAGGCUCUGGAAUGUGGGAGCCCCGAUUACAUCAUCGUGCUCCGCCCCUCCCAAGGCUGGGUGGGGGUUGGGCUGCGCCGAGGAGCCCCCCCCGAAUCUCAGAUUUUGGGCUGUGCCCAGGCCCUGCUGCUGGAGGAGCUGCUGGGAGAGGAUUUGGGGUCCGGGACCCACCUGGGGCAGCUCCUGGGACCCCUCCAGAGACGCCUGCGGAGCUGCCCGCCAGGCGCGGUUCCCUGGGGGGUCCUGGCCGAGACCUCGAGGCUCUUCCGGGACCUUGGCCCCGCCCUCCUGCGAGGUUGGUGUCGCCUCUGUCGCGACAGAGACCCAAAAAUCACUAUUAAAACCCCAUUUCCGGCACCACUUCCGGGUUUCACUUCCGGUUUCCGGAUUUACACUUCCGGUGUUUUUACUUCCACUGACACUUCCGGUUGCACUUCCGGGUGGUGAACUGGGGGCAAUUUCGGUGGAUUUGGGAAUUAUGAGAGGAA